AGCUGAUAGGUAGUAGCCGAUCGGAACUCGGCCACGACACUCGCGGUGUUACAAAACACUAAACAAGUCGUCAAUCGCACGCGCCGCUAAUCAGUUUACGAAAUAUUUAUUAACCAAUACAUAAACUGAAUUAUAAAAAAUAUUGAAAAAUAUUAUUUCUCUCAAAUAUUUUUUCGCAAAUUAUGCUAGAAAACAAAUGAACAUUAUAGUUAUUCAUUUCGAAAAUGACGUUGCGGGUCGAAGUGCCCGGUGAAAAAGUUGUGAAUGUCGACACUUGCAAGUGUACUAAAUCAUUCAGUAGCGAGAUAAAAAAGCGAGAGGGAAAACUCAGUAGAAGAAUCAAGCAGAUUAUCAAAAAUUCGUGGUCGUUUCGAUCCAAAGUCACCGUUGAACCGUACGUGGUAUGUUAUAUACUUCCAAGCGUGCUUGCCGGGCUGGCUGUGCAGAAUCUCUGCUUGGAGAAAUCAUGUCUCGUCAAUCUGAGCUACGACGAAAGAACAUGCAUCAACAUCAUGCAAGGGCGCACCAGCAACCUCACAGAGCAGGAGCAAAACGUCCAGAAAAUGGUAGCCAGUAUGACAGCGUGGAGUUUCCCUCUACAAACAGCCUUGCCCGGAAUUCUAGCCUUAUUCGUGGGGGCCUGGAGCGAUCGCACUGGAAACCGAAAGACGUUCAUGGUUUUACCUAUACUUGGGAAGUUAAUAUCGAUAAUUGGAAUCAUACUGAGCACUAUGUUUUUUCGCCAAGUUGGAGUAAAUGAAACAGCUGUUAUCGAAGGUCUCCCACCAGCUCUGGCCGGUGGCCGAGUUGCCAUGACAAUGGCAGUGUACAGCUAUAUAACAGACAUUACUAGUGAAUCCGAAAGGACUUUUCGUUUAGGGAUUAUAACGGCAAUUUUGACUCUAAGCAGACCGAUCGGUCUUGCCCUUAGUGGUAUUAUGACAAAAAGAUUCGGCUACUACGGUGUGUUUACGGUUGCGUGCUUUUUUUACUUGACAGGAUUCGUGUAUAUCUUGUUAAGGCUCAAAGAAAAAACAAAAAAGACAGUUGAAACCGAUAAUAAGGAGUCAGUGUCGUUUUCUGUGAAAGACCUGGUAGCAACGGUGCACGUAGCGUUCCAGCCUCGAGAAGGUUUUCGACGUCUUCAAAUAAUCCUAAUAAUGUUCGCGUAUAUGUUAAUCGUCGGCCCUGUUCUCGGUGAGGCGCAGAUGACAUACUGGUUCACGCGCUACAAGUUCAAAUUCACCGAGGUGGACUACAGCUUGUUCUUAACAUACUCCGUCCUUGUUGGUACUGUUGGUUCCUUCAUUACAAUAUACCUGUUCAGUAAGAGAUGGAAAAUCGAAGACAGCAUUAUCGGAAUUAUUGCUUGUGUCAGCCGUGUAGCUGCCAGUGUGGUGUAUGCGAUGGCACCGAACAGAACUGUGUACUUCCUGGGACCAGUUCUAGAUAUGUUCAGUGCGGCUGCUGCGACGUCCCUUCGAUCGAUUGCUACUAAGUUGGUCAAUGCAGAUGAAGUUGGUAAAACGAGCUCUCUAAUCAGCAUAUCGGAAGCGUUGGUGCCAGUAAUAUAUUCGCCGGUCUACAGCAAGGUCUACUUGAGCACAUUGUCCACGUUCGCUGGAGCUUUUUAUCUCAUCAGUGCCAGCUUAGCAGUUCCUGCUAGUCUAAUUUAUAUAACGCUUUACAUCAUUCGACGAAGGGAAAUCCAGCAAGAGCAGUCCACAGAAAAUAAAUGUGAUGGCGAAGUAACAAGAUUUUAGCCAAUUUAUGUUAUUGUAUUAAAUAUAUUUAUUGUUAAGUUUAUUUGCUAAUACCUAUGUACCUAUUGGAAAAUCUCAAUAAAGAUAAUGUUUCUAUUGGUAA